GUUUUACAGUGCACGGAUCGACGUUGAAUUUUGAAGUCGAAUUUAAAUAUAUCUGUAAAGACGGAGCAGUGGUGAUAAACAACCAGCCUUAUUCGACCCGCCUUGAAAUUCUAUACUUGAAUUCUAAGUCCAAACUCUACUCCAAACUCAAAAACAACAAUGGCAUCUCUACUCCACCUCCCAGCUCCCCUCCCACCAACAUCCCUCACACUGGGCCAACUCAUUACCGAUCCUCUCUCCAACAACUCCCAAUCUCACACACCAUCAAUCGCCCACGACGAAAUCAACUGCGUCAUAACGGCCCAAAAAACAGCACUCAAAACCCUCACAAACCCUACCACAUUGCUCUCUCACCUCGCCAACUCUCCACAAACCCUCUCCUUCCUCCGCAAAACAACCCUUCAAGGCAAACCCAUCUACCUCGUCACCGCCCUGGAAACCAGCCAAAAACCCACCUUCUCCACUACCGCACCCUCCGCCUCUGUACGCCGCGUAGACUCCGCAUCAGAUAUUCAGUCUUCGUCGUCAAAACACGCGGAAGACGAGUCCAUCGUAGCGGUCGGACUGAGGGAGGUGAAAUGUAAGGUCGAGGAUAGAGAAGCGCCGCAUGCGUUGGAGGAUAUUGGGUUUGAGUGGGAGUACUACGAGGAUGGGGAAGAAGACGGACAGAUGGCUGUUGGUUUGGGGGGAGUGCUUAGUAAAGGGGAGGGCCGUGGGGAUGUGAGUGAUAGGGGGAGGAAGCAAGAAAGAAUGGAAGAGGAUAGCGGGGAGGAGGGGAUUGGUGGGUUUUGAGUGAGGUCUUUUAUGAUGACUUUCCUCACUGUUGAUAUUUGAUGGAUAUAUUCAUUCGACGAUUUCUCAUGUUGGUGAUUGAAAUUGGGAGUUGGGAAUAACUGAAUGAACGAAAUGGUUCGUAGCGAGACAAGGGAAGGACAGAAAAGGCUCAGUGGAUAGUAUGGGGUAUAGCAUGGUAAAUGGCGUUAUUGGUACUUUUCUCUUUUAUGCAAUUUGGAUCAAGCCAGCAGAGGGCCAGUAAUUUCUCAUCAAAACGUCCAUCUGGCAAUCUAUUAAGGUGGACAGCUGA